GCGCGAAAGGUAGCUCGACCGCUGACGACAACUUGUAAAGUUUGUGACUGGACAUUAGAUUAGAUGCGCAACGUUGUGUACGAAAUUUGUGUCUUAACCAUGGUCAUAACUUUACAAAACUUGUGUUAGGUCUUAAUUUUCACAGAAAGAUCUCCUGUAUUGCUUCGCUGUUGACUUAUUUUCGUGAGCCAGCCGUUUUUACGUAGCGUUAACUUACAUUAACAUUAAGCUAGCUAAUAACAGUUAUAGUCGCUUAUUUACUUUAUCAUUAACUGACGUUAGGUUAACAUUAGCUAGUACACAUGAAGCCCGUGCGAGGUUCUAACCGGGCCGCAUCAAAGGUACCUAACUCUGACAAAAACAAGCAAAAAACGGAUCAGACGACGAAACAACAAGCAACAGAGGAUCAGGACCCGGUGCCCAGUGACAACCAUGGCAAGAGCGCCCACCCAAAAACUGCACGAAAGAGGAAAGCUGAAAGCAAAGUCAAAGGUCAGGAAAACUGGAAGCUGAUGCCAGGAUCUUCCAUCGCUGCUCUGGAGAACAUAAUGGAUUUGUCAAUACUAGCCACUCUUGCUUUGAGGCGGACAGAAAAGAAAGAGAGCCAGGAACAUCUGAACAUAAUGAAAUACAGGUUCCUUGCUCAAUGUGCACAGCUCAAAGUUCCAGUGCAGAAACAAAAAGUUUUGGAGCGUUCAUCCUACCACCACCAGGAGGAGACCAAGAAGUCAGUAGUUGUAAAGAAGACUCUGAGCAGCCUGGAGGAAGACUUAAGAGCUGUGGUCCGUGCACUGGAGAGGACAGAAGAGCAGACUGUCUCCUUGCAGCACACAUGCACUAUGCUGAGAGAACAGGUGGAGGAGGAAGAGGAGGGGAAAGCUAAAGAGAUCUUACAGAACACUGAACAAGCUAUUCUUAAUCUCCCCCGUCUCCCUCCACAAAAACUUGAAGAAACGUUAGAGGCUCGGAUGAGAAAAAUUAUACCAGACAGUGACUCUGAGACCACUGCCCGGAAACUGGGAGAAAUUCUGCAGAAAUCAGAGGGCGUCCAUGAUGCCCAGGCGCUGCUCCUGCAGGCACACAAACAUGCUGAUCAGCUCUUCAACCCUGGUUUCACCCCCCUCAGUGGUGCACCUUGUUGAGAUUGGAACCUCGCCAAAUCUCUCUGUUCACAGGUCUGAACAAAAUAUUUAAAACGAAAAUGUACUUUGUCUUAGUGUUACUCAGCUCCACUUUGUGUGGUUGUGCAACACCUGUAAUAAUCAAAUUCAGCAUAACAUUGAAUAAUCAAUUAGAACAUAUCCAACAGCAGUAUUAAAUAAAAGAAACUGGGGCACACACAAAUUAAGCAAUACUUAUUGCAAAAGCUUAAACUGUGAAGAUUCUUGAAGUUUGGGAAAAAAGAAAGAAACUUCCACACACUGUCUAACUUGCAAAAAAUAUAUUUAUAAGUUGGCAACAUUUCGGUGCCGCAAAAGCAAUUUGGUACAAUAAAAGGAACAUCAAAUAGGUAGAUAAAAGACAAAAACAGCCUUUCAUUUCUACUUAAAACGCAGUAAACUGUCACUGUCACACUACA